GCGCCGACCGAGCGCCCGCCGUGUGCUCCGCUCCCGUCCGCUCGCUCCCGUAUCAUGGUGCUCUCCGCCUGCGUGCGCGCCUCCGCGCGGACCUACUGCAACUCUUACCAAGAGUCGGGCGAGCUUAUCAAGUCGCCGUCGCCGCCGCCGAGCCACGAUGGUUCGGCGAGCGGCGAGGGCGAGAUGAGCGGCGACGAGCGGCUGCCGUCCCCGCCGCGCGCGCCGUCCGCGCCGCUGCCGCACGCCGCGCACCCGCACCACGCGCCGCACGCGCACGCCGCCGCCUCCGCCGCCUCCGCCGCCUCCGCCGCCACCGCCGCCGUGCUCAAUGCAGCGGGCGCCGGCAACGCGCUGGCGCAGCUUCAGCACCUGCUGCUCACGCAGCACGGCGCGCACUCGCUGCUGCUCCACACGCAGGUGCAGCAGGCGGUGGCGCAGGCGGCGGCGCAGCAGCUGCAGCAGCUGCAGGCGCGCGCCGGCGCACAGCAGCCUCCCAGCCUAGACGGCAGAUCUCCGUCGCCGCGGCGGACGCCGCCGGGCGCGGGCGCGUUCCUGACGCCGCACACGCCGGGCUCGGGGCGCGCGCGCUCGCCGCAGCACGCGCUGGCGCUGGCGCACACGCCGCUGCACGCGCACGCGCACAAGCCGCGCGCGCUCGAGCCCGCCGCCGACGACACCGCCGACCUGGAGGAGCUCGAGCACUUCGCCAAGACCUUCAAGCAGCGCCGCAUCAAGCUCGGUUUCACCCAGGGUGACGUCGGCCUCGCGAUGGGCAAGCUGUACGGCAACGACUUCUCGCAGACGACGAUAUCGCGGUUCGAGGCGCUGAACCUGUCGUUCAAGAACAUGUGCAAGCUGAAGCCGCUGCUGCAGAAGUGGCUGGAGGACGCGGACUCGUCGCUGGCGGGCGGCGGCGGCGGCGCGGGCGCGGGACUCGGCGCGGGGCUGGCCGAGGCCGUGGGCCGGCGCCGCAAGAAGCGCACGUCCAUCGAGUCCGGCGUGCGCGUGGCGCUCGAGAAGGCCUUCGUGCACAACCCCAAGCCCACCAGCGAGGAGAUCGCCGCGCUCGCCGACGCGCUCUGCAUGGAGAAGGAGGUCGUGCGCGUCUGGUUCUGCAACCGCCGGCAGAAGGAGAAGCGCAUCAACCCGCCGGCGGGCGAGGCGGGCGCGAGCCCGGGCGGCGCGGGCGGCGUGCUGCUGCCGCUGCACCACGCGCCGCACGCGCUGCACGCGCUGCAGCCGCUGCAGCCGCUGGCGCUGCUGGCGCGCGCGCCGCCCCGCGACUGACGCGCCCCGGCCGCGCCAGCGACACACAUAUCGUCUUGUAAAUAGUACGCAUCGCAAUAAUCGGCGUCCCCGGGCGCCGCGUGUACAGACCGGACCGUUAGUGUAUAUAGGUGUAUGUGCGAGGGCGACGCUCGGCCGGCGCCCGUGUCUGUAAAUUAGUGAGUAAGUUUAUAUUAUUAUGUGAAUUUUUAUUUAUAUACGUUGGAGGGCGGGCGCGCCCCGGACGCCCGGGACGCGGNCCGCUCG